GUGCUGGGUUUUUUUUGCAGGUGAGUGUAUUUAGAGUAUUGAAUAAAUGGUAACUAAAUACCUAUUUGUCAUAUGUCUAAUUUGCUGGGUAUGUAACUGGUGCAUUAUUUUUCCAUAACAACCUCCCACAUUUUUAAGCCAUUUCUCUAGUUUUGGACUAUUUUUCGUCUCCCAGAGAGAGGCUAUCAGUAGCCUAGCAGCUACAAGUUUCCUUCAUUUCUCUCUGGGUGACCCUUUCUGUCAGGUUUCACACUUUUCUAGGGGUGGGGGGUGGAAGCUGGUUGGUCAUGGCUUUUAAAAAGAAAUAUUUCCCAGCCUUUAGUGUUUGGGUGAGGGACACACAAACGCAAAGUCAGACGAUGCCUGGUGUUUCCUUGUACAAAGUACAAGCCAUGCUGCCUGUCAGCUCCUACCCCGUCCCCAGGCUACAGGCACCGCGCCUUCUUGGGGCUAAGGAUACCAGAGAGAGAAAGUAAAAGCGAAACAACGUCCCCUUGCCAGCCAGACUGACACAGAGCUCAGAUCCGGGGCAGACCGAGCAGAGCGACCACCGCCCCCUGGCUGGAUCGGCCGCGGGCCAUGGCGUGGGUAGGGGCCUCCGCUGGGCAGCGGUGCCUGCCGCUCCUGGCUCUCGGCGGCCUGCUCCAGCUGGCAGAAACUCUUCAAGUGCUGAUGGGAAGCAUGCCACAAAUAGUGUUACUGAAUGAUAACAUCUCCAUACCAUGCACGAUCUCUGGGUACAGUACAGAAGAACUGGAUAUCAAGAAUGUGGGAGUUACCUGGUAUCUUAAGACUCCGAGAGCAGACCAAAAAGAGGAAGUAUUCACAUUUCUCACAGGAGACCAUAUUCCCCAUAGAAAUGGAGCCAGUAUGUCUGACAGUGACCUGAGAAGAGGAAAUGCUGCACUCUCUCUACCACAGAUACAGUUUAAGGAAGCAGGAACAUAUAUCUGCCAAGUUACUGUCACCCCUUUUGGUGCUCAGGGAACAGCUGUUUUAGAGGUAGUUGCUCAACCAACUGUCAGCCUGUCUCCAAAGGAAGUUACAAUAGAAAGUGACAAGGAGAAGACUCUGUCAUGUGAAGUCAAUAAGUUCUAUCCAAAUUUGGUUGACAUUAAGUGGAUGAUGAUUUCAAAGAAUAACCAGGACAGUAGCGUAGCAGCAGAGGAUAUUUGCACAGGAGCCUAUGUAGAAAAUGAAGAUGGCACAUUUAAUGUCACUAGUAAAUUAAGGCUGCAGCCGUCUUUGCAAGAUAAUGGAAAUGUCUAUAGAUGUAUUGUGAGUCACAAAACAUUUCCUGCCAAGUUACUUCUCAGUAGCACCUUGACUGUCACAGCCCCCAGGUCCGAUUCAAGCAUUUUAAUUGGAGCAGUCACUGGAACAAUAAUAGCCUGUAUUAUUGUGCUUGGUUUGGGAGUUUUCGUGUACGAUAAGUGUUUUAAGAAAAUUCCACCAACAAUAAUUACAUUCGUAGGGGAUGUGGAAAUGAAGCAUUCAGAAGACACUUCUUUGUAUUGUCAAUUUUCUGGCUUUCGUCCAAAAGCUAUAACUGUAGAUUUUUUUCUGAAAAAGUAUCAACAAGAACAGAAGGAGAGAAUUUACUAUUGGAACAGUGAAAAGGAUGUCAUCGAACGAGAUAAGGAAAGUGCUGCUCUCCUGUCUAUGUCAAAGAAUUUUCAGUUUCAGAUAUAUUUGAAGUCACUAGAUAAUGGCACUUUUGAAGUUCCAUGCCUCAUUCGUAUAUCUCCAAAUGUUCAUGAGCUAAACAAGGCAGAACUUUCUCUUGAAAUUAUGCACGAGGCCCUUCAGCAACGUCCUGCUAUGGCAAUAACAGAACUGAAGGUCAUAGCUGUGCCAGUGUUGGAUCCAAUCCUGUGUUCAACAGAUGUGCCAAGACCAGAUGAGCCUAUAACUUUGACUUGCAGAAUUCAUUCUUUUUUCCCUGAAACAAUUGAAUUGACUUGGUAUAAAGAUGAUAUUCAAGUGCCAGAGAAACCCUUCAUUAGUGAUGUCACAAGUGGACCAGAUGGACUUUUCUUCUGCACCAGUAGCUUAAUAUUAUAUCUUGGAGUUGAGGACAUUGGAAGGAGAUUCAUAUGCAAAGCUAAACUUAAAGGCUCACACCAAUAUAAAGAAUCUUCUUGGAAGCUGGAAAAUUUGAUAUUUACUCCAAAAUUCUCAAAUAUUGUAUGUGAGCCCAGUACCCCUGAGAGUGGGGAGGCUGUCACAUUAUCUUGCCAGGUGACAGAUUACUACCCAGCACAGUGUCAGGUGCGCUGGAUGAGAGGCUUUGAAGAACUCACUAAGGCUGCAAUUAAAACCCUGGACCCUCAGCUUGAUACAGCAACAAAUCUGUACCACAGAGAAAGCCAGGUGACAUUUACACCUGAACCUGAGGACCAUGCAGUAGAGUUCACUAUUGAAGUCAUCCAUUGCAACAGAACUACAAAGAAGUCCUAUCCCCUCAUGUUAAAAGGUUUCCCAAGAAUUACAAAUAUUGUUCUUAGUCCAAAUAAUGCAGAGUAUGGAAAACCCCUUUCUCUGACCUGCAAAAUCAUGGAUUUCUAUCCCAACGCUAUUCAAGUCCGGUGGUUCCAGGAGAAUGAUGAAAUCAAGAAGGGUUCAUCAGUACAAGAGCCAAAGCAGGAUACAAGAGGCUUUUUCUGCACAUCUUCUGCUCUUCAGUUAAUACCUUCUGCUCAAGAUUAUGGCAGAAAGAUUGGUGUAAUGGUGAUGCACAAGACUCUGACAAAGCCCAUUACAAAAAAUGUGUAUCUAAAACUCCCAGCAAAGUCUCCUGCUGUUUCUGAGAUUAGAGCAACACCUGCAUCCCCAAGGUCAACGAGACUGUCUGUCUCUGAAGUUUCCAUAUCAGAUUUUGUGCCGAAAAAUAUAAAGUUGCAUGGUAUAAAGACUGGUUAGCAGUUACCUAAGGACACCAUAACAAUAGAUACUCAAAUGGAAAAAAUGGUUUAUGUUUCUCUACAUUGAAAAACAAUUACUGCUAAUGCAUGGUGAUAAUGGAAAAAUGUUCAGAUGUGAGGUAAUUCCUCCAGAAACAAACUCCUGCACAGAGAAAAGGUUUAUAUUGAAACUGAUGAUUUUUCUACCAGCACUGGAGAUAUAUCCACUCUGACUGGAUAUCAAAACCACACAUUGAGCCCUAGACCCAUCAAUCAAGAGAUUAACACCCUGAAGAUAGAGUGCAUUACUAGCAACCCAAAGGCUGGUGAGGAUGUGACACUUCACU